AUGCCAAAUAAGCAAAAAAUUAAAACUGGGUUUCACCUCAGGAAACGUGGCAUAGAAUGCGAAUGCCGACAGUCGUUAUCAGAGGUCAUGACUAGACAGACAGCAAUUGUGACUAAAGACCGCUCCCCUCGCCACGGUGCACCCCUGUAUUUGUUGGUGCCAUCCAG